GCUCAGUCCCCUGACCGCUCACGUGUUCCCUGUGCUUCUCGCCUUGGGGACCCUGCUGCCCUGCUUCGCCGCUGUGGGUACGCUCGAUCGUCCUGACCCGACGGCGACACCAUGUUGGGCAUGAUCAGGAACUCACUGUUCGGGAGCGUGGAGACGUGGCCUUGGCAGGUUCUGAGCACAGGGGCCAAGGAAGAAGUCUCCUAUGAGGAAAGAGCCUGUGAAGGGGGAAAGUUUGCCACUGUGGAGGUGACAGACAAGCCCGUGGAUGAGGCUCUCCGAGAAGCAAUGCCCAAGAUCAUGAAGUACGUGGGCGGCACCAAUGACAAAGGAAUUGGCAUGGGCAUGACAGUCCCGAUUUCUUUUGCUGUGUUUCCCAAUGAAGACGGCUCCCUACAGAAGAAACUGAAAGUCUGGUUCCGGAUUCCAAACCAGUUUCAAAGCAGCCCCCCGGUUCCCGGCGAUGAGAGUGUGAAGAUUGAGGAGCGGGCGGCCAUCACCGUCUACUCCACGCAGUUCGGUGGCUAUGCCAAGGAAGCAGACUACAUUGCUCACGCCAGCCAGCUACGGACCGCCCUGGAGGGCACGCCGGCCACCUACCAGGGUGAUGUCUACUACUGUACGGGAUAUGACCCUCCCAUGAAGCCCUAUGGCCGUCGUAAUGAAGUCUGGCUUGUGAAGACAUGAGUCACUGAGCUGAGAACGCCCUGAAAGGGUGCCACUGUGUCCCCUGGCUUGGAGUCAAAGGGGGGCAGUGUUUCUGCAGUUCCAGCUUUCCUCCAAAACCCCUCACUUCCAGGUUUCUGAAAUAAGCCAAGACUGGCAGCACCGUUCUCGUUGAGUUAGGAAAUUCUCUGGCAGAUCAGUAAAAUCCCAGAGGCAUUUUUUUUUUCAGCCGUCUGGGUCACUGAAAACUGAUUUUUUUUUCCUUUUUUUUUUUUAAUUAAUUACACUUUAUUCACUUUGUAUCCCCCCAUAAGAAAAAUGAUUUUUAAAAAUUA